AUGGGAGAAAGAGAAAUAGAAAUCGAGAAAUCGACUUAUAUAGUAAAUGGGGAAGAAUCGAUGAUGCACGCAACAUGUUUGAUAAAAUGCCUCAUCCACCAUGAGGAUCGUUAUGAUUUAGGUUUCAAUUUAGCUUCCGAGACACCUCACAUGAUAAGUGCAGCUGUUAAAGAACGCAGCCCUCCCAUUGAAGAAGUUAUUCAAUCCGGUGUUGUUCCUCGCUUUGUUGAGUUUCUUGUAAGGGAGGAUUUCCCACAACUUCAGUUUGAGGCUUCUUGGGCUUUCACUAAUAUUGCUUCGGGGACAUCUGAACACACAAAAGUGGUGAUUGAUCAUGGUGUUGUUCCAAUAUUUGUGAAGCUUCUUGCAUCUCCAAGUGAUGAUGUUAGAGAACAGGCUGUAUGGGCUUUAGGAAAUGUUGCUGGUGAUUCCCCUAAAUGUCGUGACCUUGUACUUGCACAAGGUGCUUUGAUUCCUCUACUAUCCCAAUUAAACGAGCAUGCUAAGUUAUCCAUGUUGCGAAAUGCCACAUGGACACUUUCAAAUUUUUGCAGAGGCAAACCACAGCCUUCUUUUAGUCAGGUUUGUUUCUGAAAAGACUAAA